UGUGUGGCAUACUGAAUUAUAGAGACACAGUAAACAACAUUUUGUUUUCUCCAUGUGUUAAACAUUAUUUCAUAGUACCUUUAUAAAGUCUGUGAAAAUGAGACCUCUCCAUAAUAUUGUAAUUUGUCUCCAGUACAAGUUUCUGAAUAGGAACUUACUUAGCUUUCAUAGAUAUGAUAGACAUUUCUCAUUGGAUAAUUGUUGCACAAGAAAGAAAAUGGAAGCUGUAAAUUUUGUAACUUUUCAGAGGGAGCUGAAAAUUCAAGGAUACCGAAGAUUUACUAACAUCUCCAGUUUAACUAGUGUAAAUGCUUCAUUCUCUAAAAUGAAAUAUACUUCCUUUAAUACCGGUACAGAAUUAUCUGGUCAGUAUAAAACAUCAAGUAUAAGUUGUCCUACAUCUUAUAUGAGGACAGGAAGUCAGGGUUUUUUUUCUGGUAAACAUAUUUUGAAAUAUCAAAAGAAUGUUAAGGAUACAGACAACUUUGAUGAGUGUGAUGAUGAACCUGAAGACUUUGAGGAUGAAGAAUAUGGUGAUAUGGUGAAACGAGUCCUGCAUUUACCAGAGAUGGGCCAUCAAGUACUUGUUGUUCAGCCAUAUGUAAAAUGGGGUUCUGCUAAGAAACGCAGUACCACACCAGAACUCCAGUUGGCUGAAGCUGUUGCUCUCAUUGGCACAUUACAAAGAUGGAAAGUUGUUGACAAAGUGAAAAUAGCACUCUACUCUUUAGGAAAGAAAUCGUUGUUUGGAACAGGAAAUUUGGAAAUGCUGAAAAAAAGGAUUUGCAAAGACAAACAAAUAACAGCUGUUUUUAUUAGUACAGAUAUUUUACGAGGAAUUCAGCAUAGGGAAUUGGAAGAAGUAUUUGGGGUACCUGUUUAUGAUCGAUAUAUGGUGGUAAUUCAGAUUUUCCGAGAGCAUGCAAUUACUAAGGAAGCAAAACUUCAGAUCGCCAUGGCUGAGAUUCCUUACUUAAGGAUGAGAAUAAAAGGCCUAGUUGAAGGGGCUGCAGAUCAUCAUGGAGGUGGUGUAUCAUCUAUAGGAGGUGCAGGUGAAACUCACAUUGAAAUUCGCAGAAGGUUACUGAACACUCGAGAAAUGAAGUUGAAACGGAUGUUGGAGAAAGUACGCAAUCAAAGGACACUGUUGCGUAACAGGCGACAGAGACUUGAGUACCCAGUAAUUGCUGUUGUCGGAUACACGAACGCUGGUAAAACUUCUUUAAUAAAGGCUCUGACGGGAGAGAGAGAAUUGGAGCCUAAGGAUCACUUGUUUGCUACAUUAGAUGUUACAGUUCAUGCUGGUAUAUUACCAUCCCGUCUCAAGGUGCUGUAUGUGGAUACAGUGGGUUUCAUUUCUGAUAUUCCUUCCAAUCUCAUUGAAUCAUUUGUGGCUACGUUAGAGGAUGCUAUGCUUGCGGAUGUUGUUGUUCAUGUGUGUGACGUCAGCCAUCCUGACUACAGAGCACAAGCAGAGACUGUAACAAGCACUCUAAGAUCUUUGCACUUAAGUUCACACCUGCUAGACAAUAUUCUUGUUGUGGGGAAUAAAACAGAUCUUCUGCCAGAAGGAACAGAAAUUGAAGAUUUAAAUUGUGAUGUACUUGUAUCGAGUGUUACUAAUCAGGGGUUAGAUGAUUUAGUCAUGCAGCUUAAUAAGACUGUACUUAAAGCGACUGGAAGGCAUGCUCUAAAUGUACGGGUCUUAAUGGGUGGCGAAGAAGUAAGAUGGUUGUACAAGAAUGCAGCAGUAACAGAAGUUACAGCUGAUUCUAGAGAUAGUCAGUAUCUUGUUCUGAAAGUUGUGAUCUCUGAAGCACAGUUAAGGAAGUUUCAGCAUAAUUUUAUUAAGAGGUGAUCCUGUGUGUGUGCGCAUGGGAAGGGGUAUAUAAAUUCAAGCUCUUACUAGUGUAGCAGUUAUUUCGUCAUACGAUUGUAACUAAUAAUAAUGAAAAUAAAUUAUAGACUUACUCUAAUAACUAAUUCAGUAUAUUUUAUAAUAUUGUAAUCUAGGAAGAGGUUGUAUAAGACAGGACUAUCUGCAAUGGAUCCAUUGUAACAAGCAGUCCAAUAAUGUAUUUUGACAAAUUUUAAUAUUUUAAAUGCCUGAUGAUGGUCAUAUAUGACCCAGACAUGUAGCCUGUAUUCUCAGUAAAUAGAUACUGAUUUCAUUGAUAACUCGGGUCUUCACUUGUUUAUUUAUGUGAGUUUGUUGUGAUAGACUAAAAAUACACAGUAGAGUCUUGCACAACAAGAUGCAAAACACACAUAUGAUAUGAUUGUAUGCUUAAAAUCAGUUAUAAAUCAUGAAUUAAACAUCUUGCAAUGCUUAUUUCUAAACAUUAGAUGUGUAAUAUUGAAGCCAGAUGAAUUUGUAUUUUAGUCUUCAGGUUAUGAUACUAUGUAGUCUAGUAAAUGGUUAUCAGCAUUUCACAUGAAUGUCCUUCCUCCAUCUUAAGGGCAGAAACAUUGGUGCUCACCUGCCAGACUACACAGGGUCCUAACCCAGAUGACAUUUAUGCAAAUUUGAAACAGUGUGGUAUAAGAAAUAUUAAAAAAAAA